AUGAGUGAAAAAGCGAAUACCAAUGGCAAUGGCCAUUCACGGCCCAUCGUGAUUGGGAAUGUCGCAGGGGCAAUGGAGGAAGCACCAGAUGCAAUGUACCGUAUGGUCACUGGCAAAAAACACAUAGAUGCAAUCACUGGGGACUGGGCAGCAGAACUCAAUAUUGCCUGGAACGCAAUCCGUAAAUACCAAGAUCCCUCGAAGGGAUACGAACCCGGAUUUCUCGAUCAGCUGGACGACUCUAUUGACACCAUUGUUUCGAGAGGUAUAAAAAUUGUUUCAAAUGCUGGGGUUCUGAAUGUGGUCGAAUGUGCAAAACGUACAAUAGAAAUUUGCCAGAAGCAUGGCUACGAUAAGCUGGUCGUGGCGUAUGUGGAAGGAGACAAUAUCUCGGACAUUGUUACCGACCCAAAGAUGUUGGACGCUAUAGGGGGGAUUCGACACUUGGACCAUCCGGACUGCAAGCUUGAGGAAUGGAAAACCCCGUACUGUGGUGUAGCAUAUUUUGGAUGUCGUGGCAUCGUGGAGGCGUUGAGACAAGGCGCCGACAUUGUGAUAUGUGGACGUGUGACGGAUGCAAGUCCGGUCCUAGCGUUGGCAGCAUGGUGGCAUAAUUGGGAUAUCGACAACUGGGAUGCGUUCGCAAAUGCUCUUGUAGCAGGCCAUUUGAUCGAGUGUGGUCCUUAUGCAACCGGGGCAAAUUUCUCUGGAUUCAAGGCCUAUCUUGAUGAUUUUUAUGAUCUUGGAUUCCCCAUUGCCGAGAUCGACGUCGACGGUUCGUCAGUAAUCACAAAACAUGAAGAAGCUCGAGGUUACGUGGACCAGAUGAAUCUGAGAGCCCAAUUUCUGUACGAGAUUCAGGGACAUGUCUAUCUAAACCCGGAUGUAUCAGCUGAUAUUGAAAAUGUACGUAUUGAGAACGUACCUAACAGCACAAACCGUGUCCGAAUUUCAGGGGCGAAAGGAAAUCCCCCGCCGCCCACUACAAAGGCUAUCGUGUGUGCUAUCGGUGGAUACCAGGCUGAAGCAGUGUUUUAUAUCAACGGAUUAGACAUCGACGCGAAAGAGCAACUACUUCGUCGACAGUUGACCUACGCUUUCCGGAACUCCAACUUUUCCGAUUUGAGCAUUGUACGCUAUGGAUCUGUUCCCCCAAACCCCCAAAGCCAAGCAUCUGGUACCGUGACCGUUAGGGUGCUUGCAAAAGCCACCACGCUGGAAGAUAUCUCCUUCAAAAAGUUUCGGGAACCAAUAUAUGCUCUUCGCAUGCAGCUCUAUCCCGGGUAUCACAUGGGCCUUGACUUCCGCACCAUGGAUCCUCGGAUGUUCAUGGAAAUUUUCCCGGGAUUGAUCGAGGUGAAGAACUUGCCCCACCGUGUUGUAGUAGGAGACCGGAUUAUCGACAUAGAACCUCAUAAAGUUACAGCGCCCGCACCGGGGCAACGUCCCUCGUAUGAAACUGCGAAUCCUCGGCCACUGGAGUCAUUUGGACCAACAAAGAAAGCACCAUUAGGGGCUGUUGCCCAUGCGCGAUCAGGGGACAAGGGAGACAAUGUAAACGUUGGAUUAUUUGCGCGGUCACUGGAGGAAUAUACAUGGUUGCAAUCAUUCCUCACUGAAGAUCGGAUCAAGGGUCUAUUUGCAGACGACUGGAAAGACUUAUCACGAAUUGAACGAUGCGAGUUCCCGCACAUUCUUGCAGUCCAUUUCCGUGUCCUGGAUUUCCUCGGUGGCGGCGGUGCAAGCUCCACGAGAAUCGAUAGCCUCGGAAAAGGUGUCGCUGAGUACUUACGGAGCAGGAUUGUGGAUAUCCCGGAGAAAUUUUUGAAGAACCCUAAAGUGUGA